AUGUUAUCGCAGUAUGAUGAACAACUUGCUGCGGGCGACAAUAAUGGGUUCAACAAACAAGGUAAUGCAACUUUAUAUUCGUUUGAUUUUGUUGAUGCCGACGAUUUCUUAGAUUCGAUAUCUGGCGCAUUGCCGAAUAAUGGUCAUAACAAUGUCAAUCCCAACACCAACGACAUUUCAUUUGAAGAUAUGAAUAUUAUGAAUCCAAAUAUCUAUUCCCCCGUAUCUGCAGCCAGUGGUGAUGACUUUACACAAUCUUCUGGUCAACCGAUGAUUAGUGAAGGUAGUAAUUACACAGGACAAAACUUUACAGAUUACUUAUCGGACAACUCAUUGGAAGGGUAUGAUAAGAAUACAAGUCGUCCAUUACAUGAAGUCGAUAUUGGUUUUUCUAACAAACGUUCCAAUUCAACUUCUACAGGAAGUUUAAGCCACAAUGAAGAGAUUACACCGAUUUCACACUACUCCGUUGACUCCAUAGUGACUUCUCCAGAGCCUCCAAUAAACAAACAAGGUGACUUCCCACCAAUCAAAAGAACCACAACCGUGAGUUCUACCAAUAGUAUUACCAACACCACUAAAAAACCGGCCAAAGUCACAAAGCCAAAAUCAAAAGAUAAGAACUCUCACAACAUGAUUGAAAAGAAAUACAGAACCAACAUCAACACAAAAAUCUUGGCUUUGAGAGAUGCUGUGCCUGCUCUUAGAAUUGCUGCUGGUUGUGACGAUGUUUCCAUAGCUGAUUUGGAAGGGUUAACACCAGCAUCUAAAUUGAACAAAGCUAGUGUUUUAACCAAAGCUACAGAAUAUAUCAAACAUUUGGAAAGUAAAAACUUCAUUUUGAAACAACAAAAUAUUGAGUUGCAUAGGCUAAUUCAACACGCCAACAUGAAUCCAAAGUCAUUACCUCCACCUCCUCAACAAAUGCAAGCACCACCACAACCAGGGUUUGGCUUUUAUCCACCACAAAACCAAUCAUUCAAUGUCACCCCUGCUUCUCAAUAUCCAUCUCCCCAACAACAAGUGUCUCCAACCCAACAACAAACAGUGCAUCACCCACCACAACCUAAUCGAUAUUUGUUGGGAGGUAUGGCUGCUGUUAUGGGUACUUCAUUAUUUGGUGGAUCUGGUGAAAAUGAUUUCCGCAGUUUGAGUGCCUUGCCAUUUUCGUAUUUGUUUCCUAAUGCUAUUCUUAACCCAUCGCCAUUGACUAUUCAAUUAUGGACUUUGACAAAAGUGUUAUUGGUGGUUGGAAGCUUGGCUAGUAUUUUUAUACCAAUGUAUAAGCAAGCACAACUCAAAAAAGAAGACAAACCCAACACUAUUCCAGAAACUUCAUUAUUGGAUUGGAUCUUGAUAUCAAUAGGAUUCAAAACUCCCGCCAAGUUGUCAGUUUCCAAGAGAGAUGCCAUAAUAUCUAACUUACAAGGUGGAAAUGAUUGGUCGCAAUUGGUUUCUGAUUAUUUCUAUUUGGCUGGUUGUGAGAUAAAUUUUGAAAACUGUUUUUUGUCGUUGGUAUUGGGUACAAUAAUCAGACACAGAUUUCCUGUGGUUGCAACUAUUUUGAAUCACUAUUUGCUGAUGAAGGAGGCGUUGCUUUUGAAUCUUGACUACAAGGGAUUUAGCAAAUCGUUGAUAAGAUUGAAUCAAUUGAUUAGCAAAGUGGAUGGUGUCUCGAUAUUUGAAAGCACUAAUUUGACUACCAGGUUGACCAAUGUAUUUACCAAUAAUCGGAUUAAUGCCAAUAUAGUUGACGGACAAAAUCAUGUGAAAUACAUUGAAUUUUACCAACGUAACAUUAACGAUUAUUAUGCCAUUGUUUUUAACUGGAGAUUAUUGGAAUUUAUUCAUGAAUUGAAUGUGACGUAUUUAGAACAGUUGAAUGACGACCAGUCGCAAGUGUUAACUGAUUUGAAAAUUAUUGAAGCUUUCUUUGGCGAACAAGACAACAAGUUGUUCGGCUAUUAUCAAUUAUUCACCAGUAUUUUGAAUGCUAACUAUGCUCCAUAUUUAUUUGAAAGUUUGAAAGACAAAGUCGAAUCGUCGUUGGAGAAAUUCAGAAUUGCUUACGAAGGAAUUGAUUUGACUGAUCACGAGAUCCACAACACUUCGUCGGAAGAUGAAUAUGAACAAGAAUCCCCUGUUGUGUAUAAAUAUGAACCAACAUUAAAGUCACAGAAAUCCUUAAUCUCAUCAUUGAACUUGGUGAAUGAAGAAGAAUUUAUAAUACUAACAUGCUCAUUGACUAUUUACUACUACAAGAAUAAAGAAUACGAUCGUGCAUUGAAAUUAUUAAACUAUUUGAGAUUGGAUAAUGAUUCUAAAACUCUCAGCCUUUUGACAUUUACUUCCUUGAUAACAUUAAUCAAUGAAUUGAUACCAGGUAAAAUCGAAGAUAAUGUUAAUUUGGAUUCGGCUAUUAGAAUUUGCCGCGAUUGGCUUGAGAACCCUGAUUUAACUCAAUAUAUGGAUGAGGAUAUCAAACUUGAAUUGAAGAAAAUUGUGGUUACUAAAGGAAUGAUUGUUAAUGGAAUUGAUGUUAAUGAGAGUGAUGAAGAGUAA